AUGCCAUCUUACGUGAUUACUGGAGCCUCGAGAGGACUAGGGUUUGAGCUCCUCCGUCAGCUCUCCAGCAAUGUCAACAAUACCGUCGUUGGACUCGUGCGAAACAAGCCUGCGAUGGAGAAGAAGGUGUCAGAAGAGCUAGGCAAUCGCCCUAACGUUCAUGUACUGCAAGGGGACUUGAACUCAUACGAGGAGUUACAGAAAGCUGCCGCUGAUACUACCACCAUCACCAACGGAAGCCUCGAUUAUUUGAUCGCCAAUGGAGCUUAUGUACCCCAAUGGGACGCAUACGAUCCGAUCGGAGUCCUUGCACAGAAUCCCAAGAAACUCGAGCAAGAGCUGACAAAGCUCUACACUACCAACAUUGUGGGCAACAUCAACCUCUAUAACCUCUUCCUACCACUCGUUUUGAAAGGCCAAGCAAAAAAGGUCGUAGCCAUUACUAGUUCACUGGCAAACCUACCGACCGUUAAUGGAUUAGGGUUGGAGGCAUCCCCGUUGUACGCCAUAGUCAAGGCGGGACUGAACAUGGUGAGCGCCAAGUUCUCGGCGCAGUAUAAGCUGGACGGUGUGCUGUUUGUUAGCAUCUGCCCUGGUAUGGUAGAGGCGGGCCACUUUGACAACUUAUCCCCGCAGCAACAGGCGACAAUUGACACAAUGGUUACCAAGUUCAAAGCAGCUAUACCCGAUUUCUCGGGCGCGUCGACACCAGAAGUUGCCAUGAGGAAUCUGAUCAAUAUCUGGGAGAAUGCUAGCAUUGAGAAUGGAGACGGCGGUGCAUUUUUGUCGUCUCGUGGAACUCGAUACUGA